ACACCAUGUACUGUUUUUAAAUUACAGAACUCAAGCUUCAGACAUGAAGUCCUUCAAAGUUCUCUUCCUCCUUUUGGUCUCUGUCAGCUUUGUGCUGAUGGAAGAAAAUGACUCAAGAGAAAACACAAAGAACUCCAAGUUUCUGCAGAGACGGUAUUCAGAGGGGACAUUAGCAAGCGAUUACAGUCGAACUUUGGACAGCAUGAUGAAGAAGAACUUUGUGGAGUGGCUCUUGAACAGGAGAGAGAGCAUGACUGAUAACAGAAUUGACCCAUCCAGGAGAGAUACCGAACUCACAGCAUUAGAUACAAGGAAUCAAGGCAUUGAAGCUGGAUCUCAGGAGGCAAUGGACUUCAUCCAAAUGCAUUCUGCGAAAUAUGGGGAAACAGAGAUGGGAAUUGCUGUCAGGCAUGAAAUUCCUAUGGAGGUCUAUUACAAGGACUGCAUUAAGAAAGCUCUUUCCAAUUCCUAG